UAUUCCUCCAAGUCUAAACUAGCAGUACCUAGUUUUCCUGGAUUCUGAUUUGCUCGUUUCAUUAAAUAAAGAUGAAAAUGAGAAAGGGUGCAGCAUUGGUGGUGAUGCUGAUGAUUUGCUUUGCAAUCAAUAUGGGUCCUCUAGUAGAAGGAACUAAGUGUCCUCCACCUCCCAAAGCUCAUUCUUCUCCUUCCCAUCCUCCUCCAAGUUCAUCAGGUGGUGGGAGUUGUCCUCUAAAUGCAUUGAAGUUAGGAGCUUGUGUGGAUGUGCUUGGAGGGCUGGUUCAUGUUGGCCUUGGAGAUCCUGCUGUCAAUACUUGCUGUCCCGUUCUGCAAGGCGUUUUGGAAUUGGAGGCUGCACUGUGUUUGUGUACAACCAUUCGGGCGAAGCUUCUGAACCUCAAUGUCAUCCUUCCCCUUGCUCUUGAACUCUUUGUUCAAUGUGGCCUCAACCCUCCUCCUGGAUUCAAAUGCCCACCUCUUAGUUAAGCAUUAAAGGUCUGCAACUUUAUGGUAUUCUUUGUAGUACGUUCAUAUAGAUCUGGUAUUGGAUUGGAUUGCAUUGUAUUCAGUAUCUGUGUUUUAAGGAUAUUCUGUAUUUCUGUCAUAUUGAUUUAUCGAUUAUUAGUGGUUGGGAGUGAGCAGAUGAAUUGAUGACAACAUGUCGUUUGAGUUUGAAUGGAUUUGUUGGGUACAAAUAAGGAAUAAAAUUGUUCUGAAAUUUGAAUGAAGGCCGGUGCUUCAGGCAUGGGCUUCUACUGGUUUGUUGUUUC